AUUUUUAUUUGUACAUUCCUGCUUCAAUUUGGUUCACGAAACGGUGGUAGCAUAAUGUCAACAAUACAGGUACUUUCGGUGAUGUGCAUCGAAUAGCACAUACUGCACUCAAACAAUACAGGUAAUGCUCAUUCAUAACACAUAGGCCUAUACGUGAUAAAAGACAAAUCUCCUAUUUGUAAUUCACUGUUUAUUUAAACUCUCAACUCACAGGUAGUGGGCUAAGCUGGUUCAGGUGCGUUAUGUUUAAAGGCGCAGACUAUCAAAAUGAGAAAUAAAACAAUGGACGUUAAGUAGUCUUUUGUACCACAUCACACCUGUCAAAAUCUCGGGAUCCAUGUGAAAAUAUUUCGAAAAUGAGAGUAUAAUGUUGCAGCAUAAAGUGCUAGUUUAUCUAGCCAUCUAGAUUCAAGAUUAAAGAAUUAAUUUGUUGCAGUAGACAACAUAGAGUAAUAUAAAGACAAAUAAAUACAAUAAUUACUACAUAGAUAUUUACAAAAUAUACAGCGAUAGAAUUUCCCAAUAGUUAAAGGGUUUCAAUAUUAAUAAUAACACUUGAUAUUAUUAGGUAGUUAAACAUUCACGUUCAACUCAAAGAAUGUUAAAUAAAUGCCCUUUCUUAAUUAAUUAAUUCCACAUACUCAGUUGUUAAGCUAUUGUAUGAGUUGAACCUAAUCUAACUUUAUACACUCUCUUUACCUAAACUAUAUAAACAUCUCAAUAAAGUAAUGUGGCGAAACGUCCUUCGGAAGCAAUAUUUUAAGCCGUUGGUUCUGUGCAUCAAUGCGGUUUCUCUCUAAUCAUAGCCCAACAUUUUAAUUUGGUCCUAAAUAUUAGCGAUUGGCAAUCAAAAUAGCGUUAUUUGGAUAUAGGAAAAUUAUUAUUUGUUUAAAUUUUUGAUCCGACGACCUAGUCGUUUCUCGCACGACAGGGUAUGGUUCAGGAUUGUCCGACGAGGGGAAAAUGCCGACCCUGUUCUCCACCCCCCUCCCCCCACCCCGCAGGCGCCACCACUGCAAACAAGAAACAUUAUAUUUUAGCGCUGGAAAGGUCUCAGCACAAAUUAUACAUUGUAUUCGGUGGUCACUUUGGAUUCUCAGUUCAUAUCUAUUUACCAUUUUACGCCAGUAGGCUGGUGUUCCACCAUUUACACAAUUCACAAAUUAAACUAAAUUAUCACUCACUGUUACCACCGCAACUGUAAUCCUUUCAUAAGUGUGAGUGUGCCGCGGAGCACAGUAAACUAAUUUAGCAGAACGAUUCUGAUGUUUAUACAGACGUUCAAAUGUUUUCUUUUAUUACAUCCCUAAAAAGUGAAUUGCAUUAAUUCAAGUUUCGUUAACACCAGAGAACGGACAGCAUGAGUACCACCGGUACAUUAAAUCAUGAAAGAAUUAGAUUAAAUCAAUGUAUUUGCAGAUUUUUACACGAAACUGAAUUAAUGGGAACUGAGUAGUGGUCCUCGUCAGACACAACACCAAGGUUGCAGGCAGAAGGCAAUCAUCAACUUUUCUUUCGACUUAUUUGAUUCAAAGCUAUUGUUGGUUAUCUUGACACGUCAGAAGGCAUGCGUCACGUGGUCAUUGCGUGGUUUUGCGUAGGCGUUAUGCACAAUUCGUCAGAGCUAUUGCGCAUUUCACCUACGGAAAGCAUCGUGAGGGCAAUACAUCCAUCUCGUGGUUCUAAACAUCAGUGACGGAUCGGUUUAACAUGCAAUAUUUGUAUUUGUUCUGUUUCAAUUCUAUAGUCUAUAUACACAGAAAGUUCGGUGAAUACAGAGCUCACCUCUGUGCAAAUCAGUUAGCCAUUUUUAAUGUGCUUUGUUACCUGACUUGCCAUGGGUUGUGCGAUGAGGAGUUUUGGCUCCAGGCAGCAUCAGAACAGAGCAAGAGAUCACACGAAGAAUACAAGACAUUUAAAGGACUUAAAAGUUUAUUAGCUACAGAACUUAAAACAACAUGGGAACUUCUGAUAGAAUCAAAAUGUAUUUUGCAUUUGUCAUACAACUCAGCAUUUUAAACAUCAUUCAAUCAGCUGCAGUUCAAGUUGAUGGACCCACUGACACCCGAGCCUGCAGUGUCUGUUGUACUUCUCCUGCAGGAAUUCCUGGAAUUCCAGGUAGCCACGGUCGCCCUGGGUUACCUGGUCCGAUGGGACCAAAAGGAAAUGUUGGAUUGAAAGGACAAAAAGGAUGCCAAGGAUUACAUGGAAAACCGGGGUAUGACGGUAUACGGGGACCAAUAGGGCUACGAGGGUUUCCUGGUAUGAAGGGCGAUAAAGGAGAACAUGCUACGAGCCAACCUAAGUCUGCGUUCUCAGUUGCUUUUGACGAAAAUCCAGGCCGUCUUCUUGCAUUGUGUCCAAUGAAAUACACAAAAGUAAUUACUAACGUGGGAGGCCACUACAAUAAAGAAACAGGCAAAUUUGUUUGCCAAUAUCCAGGCACCUAUGUCUUCCAAUUUACAUCGAUGUCAUCAUCCGGCGGUAGAAUUUCAACAAAACUCGCGAUGAACGGAAAAAGCGUUAUCGCCACGAUGGAGGUGAACAGUCGGGGAAUAAUCGGCUCGGCCAGCAACAUGGUUGUUCUUGAUUUAGUAUCAGGGGAUGAAGUGUGGACUUGGCCUAAUAGAGGUUAUAACUAUUACCAUAGUAAUGAAACCAAGUAUUGUAGUUUUUCAGGCUUCCUGCUUUAUGCAUCAACUAGUGAUGACUCCGGAGCUUUGCCAACAGCGGGUCCAACAAGUCCGACAGGGGAUUCCCGAAAAAUGGGGCCGACUAUAUAGCCUCUGCUCACGACACAAAUGGAAGCCCCUGGGUUGAUGUAGCAUCACGGGGAGAUCAUGCCUAUCCGGGUGGAUUCUAGGAUAGCAAAAUUGAGCCCAGUGCUUUUUUAACCACAAUAUUUGGAACUGCAAACACAUCAACUUUGGUUAGACCAUCUGACGUCACAAGUGCCGUCAAAACAAUAGAGGAUUCAUGGUUAUCCGACAAAGGGGUGGGGGUCUGUGAAAUAACCCUGACUCGCCACCCCACUGACGUUACCACUUGAUUAAUCAUAUGGGAUUUGACAACCAUAGCUGAUUUCAUUCUUACAUUCAUUGGUUUGCCCAAGGCAUGUUCAUCCAGAUCGGCAGAAAAGCAGAUUGAUGUAGAAAACAAAUACAGAUAAUAAAAUUAUAUAAAGAAUAGGCGUAUGCCAAAGUUGCAUACAUGUAGUAAAUAAUGUAGUAUUAUUAUAGAAGCAGAAAAAUAUGAUAUAUUUUCAAGAUGCUCUAGGCACUAUGUGGUUCUUCGUUACCAUCAAUUUACUUGACUUGG